UCGGCAAGCGUUAGUCACCCUCUUGAAGCCCUUCACACAUGUCAAGACCCGUCUCAGAUGUCACCGCCAAGUUAUUCCUUUGAAGCCUCGCCCUCCUUCCACAGGCCCAUGACGAAGCCAACCUAGCUUGCACCACGUACCGUGUGGUGUGGUAUUAUAUAUACACCCACCGGCCCUCCGUGCCAUCCCGGCCUCCAUCGCCAUGGCGACGACGGGGAGGGUGAGGCGUUCUCCUCUCCUCGCGGCGUGGCUGGCUCUCGGCCUUGCGUGGCAUUGCGCGCUUCACCAUGCUCCGGCAGCGGCCGUGACGCUGUCGACGGCGUCGCGGUGGGUCGUGGACGAGGCCGGGGACCGCGUGAAGCUGGCGUGCGUGAACUGGCCGUCGCACCUGGAGCCGAUGCUGGCGGAGGGGCUGGGCAAGCGGCCCGUGGGCGCCAUCGCCGGGGACGUGGCCGCCAUGGGGUUCAACUGCGUCAGGCUCACCUGGCCCACGUUCCUGGUGACCAACGCCUCCUACUCGUCCCUCACCGUCGAGCAGUCUUUCCAGAGGCUCAACCUCACCGAGUCGCUCGCCGGCAUCAGGGCCAACAACCCCGCCGUCGUCGACCUCAAGCUCAUCGACGCGUUCAAGGCCGUGGUGAGCAGCCUCGGCGAGAACAACGUCAUGGUGAUCCUGGACAACCACGUGAGCAAGCCGGGGUGGUGCUGCGACAACACGGACGGCAACGGCUUCUUCGGCGACGGCUACUUCGAGCCGGACGUCUGGGUCGACGGCCUCACCAAGAUGGCCACCAUGUUCGCCGGCGUCCCCCACGUCGUCGGCAUGAGCCUCAGGAACGAGCUCCGAGGCCCCAGGCAGAACUCAAACGACUGGUACAAGUACAUGCAGCGGGGCGCGGAGGCGGUGCACGCGGCGAACCCGCGGGUGCUGGUGAUCCUCUCCGGCCUCAGCUUCGACAACGACCUGGCGUUCCUCAACUCCCGGCAGGUGAGCCUGAGCUUCGCCCGGAAGGCGGCGUUCGAGGUGCACUGGUACAGCUUCUCCAACGGCCAGGAGUGGGCGGCGGGGAGCCCCAACGAGGUGUGCGCGCGGAUCGGGGCCAGCGUGUCCCGCCGCGCGCUCUACCUGCUCGACCAGGGCUGGCCGGUCUUCCUCAGCGAGUUCGGCGUCGACAACCGCGGCGGCAACGCCAACGACAACCGCUACUACGGCUGCGCCGCCGCCGUCGCCGCCGACCUCGACCUCGACUGGGCGCUCUGGACGCUGCAGGGGAGCUACUACCUCCGGCAGGGCGUGCUGGACCUCGACGAGGUCUACGGCGUGCUCGACAGGGCAUGGUCCAGGCCGCGCAACGACACCGCGCUCCGCAGGGUCCAGCCCCUGCAGCGCCCGCUCAGAGGGCCUGGCUACGCGGAGGCGGCGCCGUACACGGUGCUGUUCCACCCGGCGACGGGGCUGUGCGUGCUGCGGCGGUCGCUGACGCAGCCGCUGGAGCUGGGCGCGUGCGCCGACACGGAGGCGUGGGAGUACGCGCCGCAGCAGGGGCGGCUGGCACUGCGGGACAGCCCGCUGAUGUGCCUCCGCGCGCAGGGCGCCGGCCGGCCCGUGCGCCUCGGCACGCCGUGCGACGACGACAUGUCCCGGUGGCGCCUCGUGUCGGACUCCAAGCUGCACGUCGCCGUUAACACGUCGUCUUCGUCGUCGUCCGGCUCCGGUAGCGGCAUGCUCUGCCUGGACGUCGGCGCGGACGGCCAGAGCGUGGUCACCAACCCGUGCAGAUGCCUGAGCGCGGACAACAGCUGCGACCCGGAGAGCCAGUGGUUCAAGCUGGUGAGCAGCACGAGGAGCGUCGCCGCCAAUGGCAUGCUCGCGGAGCUGCCUGUGAAGCUCGGGAGCUCGAAGAUUCGCUCGCUUUGAUCAGCGCCAGUAGGCCCGACAUAAUUGUAUAGGUGCACGAAUCCGUUGUAGCUGCAAAGGCGCCGGGAUGGACGAGAGAAGCUGCUCUAGAACUGGAGUAAUAUCCUUCAGAAUUCAGAUAACUGAAUGAAUGUUGGGGCACUGGAGCCUGAUGGCCCCAAGCUUGCCAAAUCGGGCAGUUCAUUCCAGGAAAUAAUCUCACAAAUUGAUCUA